UCUUUGCUUUGGCACCACUAUGUUAAUUUUGACACUUUUCGGUUGUCACGACAACGUGCAGCGCGGGGUCUGGAACGUGGAUUUAUCCUGGAAGACGAUGCCUUUGUUCUAAGAGCGCUUCUGAUUGGCCAACAGUUUGUACGGCUAGAAACGGCAAACAAUGCGUGACUGACUUUUCACUGUGGCGACGAAAUAACAUUUGCUUUAUUGCUGUGAAGCUUAGCGGAUCAUACUGUCGGAGAUUUGUCUAAAUCCGCUUAUUCUUGGCCCGAAAUGAUGUCAACAUGGGGUAGAAGCUUCAAAGCAUCGACUAGACGUUACAUUCCAUUGCUUCGAAGCGAGCGGAGAACAGGUUACUCUGAAGUCAACCUGUGAUGAUGAGUGGAUAUCGCAUUUAGUGUCUGGAAGAUGUGGACAGACCUUGGAUUUCUUGUAGAACAUUUGACGCCAUAAUAUUUUCAAUAUUUGAGCAGUGGUUAUUUGAUAAUUUUAACUACUCAACAACAAGUGUUAGGUUGCUUGGUUUGAUUUACGUUACCAAAGAAGAACUGCAUUCAUUUGGCAAAUCAGUAUGGCCCAUGAUCAACAUCUCUUAUGGACAACCAAAGGAUCAAAGGCUUCUACAAAAGACCCUAAUUUAGAUCCUUUUUCACUUUAUGAUUUCUUCAGCAAUGCAAAUGCGGCCAGGCGUCGGCAAGGCAGGCCUAUUCAGCGUAUCAAGAGUGCUGCUCCAAGAAUCGGUCGAAGACAUGUUGAUGGCAAAGAUAGUGUUACUGGAAGUCAUUUAGGGAGCCAUGCAUCUUUGAGAAAUCCAUCACCGACCCCAGCAACGUCACGCCCAUUAUCGUCAAGGAGUGGAAGAAGUUCACUGAGCUCAUUUCAAAAGUCUAAACCAGGACCUAGCACGUCCCCUACGUCAUUAUAUCUUGGACUUCACAAAGCAAGAUGCAAAUCGGCUCCCCCGAGGCCAGCGGAUUAUUACCUUCCUCAGAAACCUAAAAGUGGGAAAUCAUGUGGGGGUUCAGCAGCCUUAUCUGUCCGAAGUGCUCCAAAACGUGCAUGGCAGAACAGGAUAAGUUCUGCAAAAAGUCAACAUUCUCUUUUAUCUCCAGAAGAAGUGGAGAAGCGACAUAAAGAACGCUGUAAAUCUGCUCCACUUCCAUACGAUUUUAGUGCAAUUGAGGUUGUGAACUCUGUUCCUGAACAUGGUUCUGAUAUACAGAGAUUAAAAGCCUUUACACGUCCUUUAACCUGUAUGCCAGAUGUUAUUCAGAAUGUACUGUCACACAAUGGUUUAAGACAUUGCUGUUCUGCUUAUCAGCCUAGACCAAAGUCAUCGUCUUGUUCGAGACAACAGUUUUGGCCUGUUUCAAGACCUGCAGUGUUCCACAGAGGAGAUGUUCCUAAAUACCUUCACUUUGUGAAGCCAGCUGGGUUUUGGAUACGAGGUGCAGAGAUUCAUUUAAAGACAGGUCACGAUGAUGAUCUCUCUGUCCCUGAUGACCACCAGGAUGUUUUGGCCGAAACAGAUUUUCCAUUGUAUGGAGACGAUGACAUGGAGGAGACAGUGCUGUAUGAAGAACAAUUUAUAGUACCUGCCACACCCUCUGAGGCAUCUUUAUCAGACAGAGAAUACUCACCAGAAGAAGAUGAAGGAAUACAAGCUGAAGAGGAGGAUUUGGAUGCCAACCCCGUUGAAGAUCUUGUUAAUAAAUAUUUAGACGAAGGAGAAGGAGAAAAAGAAGAAGAUCAGUCUAAUAAUCAUGUGAUACCUGAUGUAGCCGCACCUGAAUCAAAGGAAAAAGAACAAGAAGCAGAUGACAAGACCCCAGAAUCUGUUGAACAGGCAUUUGAAAUUAUCAUAACUAAAUUGGAACCUCGUCCAGAUCAGAAUCCAUCUCCUGAAGAAGAACAAACAGAGGUUACAAAUGAGGAACCUGUCAAUGAUUUACAAAUCAUUGUUCCUGAAAUGCCACAAUGGGCAGCCAAAGGAGAGGAAGAGGAAAACAUUGAUGAUGCACAAGAACAGAAUGUUGUUCCAGAACCUGCUGAGGAACCUGUACAUGACGAAGUGGAACCAGUGAAAGAGGAAGAAGAGAAGCCAGCACCAGAAGAGGUUUCCAAGAAGAGUGAGGUUGAAGAGCCAAAGAUGCAGACACAUCAAGUCAAAUUUUCAGAUUCUCUUAUUUUAACAAGUUUCAAAUCACCACCACCUUUAGAAGAAAAGAAGGAGCAACCUCCAAUCAAACCAAUUUUAAAGCCUGCCGCAGGCAAGGCAGAAUCUCCGCCACCUAAGCGCGAAGAGCCUAAAGUGAUACCAACCCCACAGAAAAAAGUGACACCAGUUUUGGAGCGCAAAGUGGCAGGUAAACAACCACUAGUUAAACCGUCACCUGUGAGGCCAGUGAAAGUGGUGGAUGACAUAAAGACAGAAGAGAAAGAAGACGAGAAACAGCCUGAAGAGGCAAAGAUGCCAGAAGAAAAAACACAAGAACCUCCUAAACUAGAGCCUGAAACCUUACCCAAGCCAGAGUACAUAAGGGCAUCAGGAGCUUACAGGAUGUAUGACCCAAAGGACCUACUUGAGUACCGGUUGGAGCAAAAGCGAGAGUCAUUUAAGCCAGGGAAGGGUUCAUUGACCUCCACAAAAAUGCCUUUCUUUGUACCAUCUGCAGAGAGUACAGAAGUUAUGACAUCCAUUCUUGAUGCACAGAAGCCUCCCUUUUUUCAGCAAAGGAGAGAAGGCAUGAAGCCAUGGCUUCAGGGCAGACUGGCACUUUCACAACAGACCAGUCGGUUUGAACUUCCCAUGGAUGUCAAGUUGCUUGCAGAUAUGACACCCAUGGAAUAUUUGACGAAGUACUGCAUCAUCAGUACAAGGAGAAAGGCACUUUACAAGCACAUAUUUCAGAAGGUGGAUAAAGACCGAGAUAACUUAAUAACCUUUAAGGAAAUAGACAGAGCAUUAAAGGAAAUUCAUGUGGACUACAUAUCAACAGAACAAGUCAAGAAAUUAAUAGAGAUGGUUGAAGGACAUGAGAAGUCUACUUUUAACCUAGCACAAUUUUCGGCAAUUGCUGCAUUUUCUGAAAGAUUGCUCUUCUCAGAAACUCAAAUCACAGAAAAGAACAAUGUCUACAGCUCAAAGGAAAUUAUAGAGGAAGCAGACUUCUGUGGUUUGAAAUUCAAACUGAGUGGAUUUUCUGUUAACCCAACAGUGAGAAAGAUUUUAGAAGUGCUUUAAAGGAAUAUUAUUUUGUAAAUAUUUAUAAAAAUAAAUUGUUGCACUGUAUUUACAAACAACUAAAAAGAUGUCAUUUAUAUUUAUCUAAAAGAAGUAAAAUUGUAUAUUAUGAACUGUACAUUGUAUUUAAAAUGAUUUAAAAUGGAAUUUAAGCAGUGUAAGUUUACUACUCUGUAAACUGACGGUUUUAUAACAAAUUGACACCAUUUUGACAUUUUAAAAAAUUCUUAGUAACAUUUCAUUUAUAUUACACUGAACGUUAUUUACACUUGCAAACAUUUAAAAGAUAAUGUUAAUACAGAGAUUUGUUUCCUAUGGUACCUCUGGAAAUAAUCAAUUUUAUACAAAGCAACAAGGGAAAUAAAAUGUGGCAGUGCUCAUUAGAUGAACUGCAAAAGGACUAAUUACAAAUGAAAUAGAGAUUCUGCACAUUAUCGGUGGGGUUGUCACAAACUUUAAAGCAGUUGGCUUUAUCAUUGGUGUAAGUCACUGACUUUGCCAUCUUUUUCUAGAGAAUCUGAGGAAUGGCUCUGCAGAGUAGUUAGGUGAUAUCUUGACGUAAAUGGUAAUAAAUAUUAUUUCUCACUUUUCACUAAUCUGAAUAAAUGACACAGUCAUACUCUGUUAUGAGAUCACUGUCUGGUAGAGUAGAUAGAAACUUUAGUUCAAAAUUUUAUUCAUGAAAAGUAACUGUCUGUUAUUUCUGUAAGUGCUCCAGGUUAGCAAUAUUUUUAUUUUAGUUUCAUAGACAGCUUGUUCUGAACAUUUUUAUACUGUACCAGAAUUUUUAUGUUCAGGAAAAUACAUACAGUAGUUGGUAAAUCAUUAUCCAAUGAUAGUUGUAGUGCUGAUUUUUAUUUAUUAAAUAAUAUAUUCUAGAAUUUAUUUUUAUUUUGCAUCAUUUCAGUUUACAAUAAAUAAGCUUAUUUCACAGUU